AUGGCCGUGGAAAAGAUUAUCAGAGGCCUCAAGCCCCUUGAAGGGCAAGUCGUCCCCAUUCGAACAGUUCAAGAAACAAGGCCCCAAGAAGAAUUCGGUGAUGCCUUUGUCGCAGAAGUCAAAGUGAAGGCUGCAUCCAAAGUGAUCAAGGCUAUCGACACGGCUUUCCCCAAAGACCCUUCCCUUCCGCUAUCCCAUCUCCGUCGCUUCGCCAAAAGAGAAAUGCUCCCACCGCGGCUGAGGGCAGCCAUUGAAAGCCAGAGCGUCCCUCUAGCGGACCCAACACAAACCAUCUUCGUCCUCAUAUCACCACCAUUGCCCGAUAUCACCACACUCAAGGCUCUGCUCGCUCCAUUUGCUCCAGACCCAGCGCCGGCCGCUAUAAAUGAUCUCCCAACUACGAAUGAAACGCCAGACGAAGCAUCACAUUCCGAUACUUCAACCUCUAAUAUUCAGCUUCACCCCAUCAAAAUCCCCCUUGCCCCGCCCUUCAACACAACUCAAGCCGAAACAUGGACCAAGACCCUCUGGCCGAUCGUAUUCAACCCAGCCGCACCCCGCUCAACUGUCGCGCCGCCCCCUCAAACCUUAAAACGCGCACAGGAAUCCAUUGAACCACGGGCAGGGUACUAUUUAUCCCUCGCGCGAAAAGUGGCAGAGGAAGCAGAACAAUCCGGGCUAGGCCGCGGCGUCGGCGCAGUGAUAGUCGACCCUGCCAUCGAAGAAGAGAUAACCGAGGCAGCCUACGAGGCCGGAUACGAUACUACAACAGAAUGGGAGGAAGCAGUCCUCGCAGUUGCCGGUGAUGCGCGGUACUCCCGCUCUGAGGCAGGCGCGUCAUCCCAGGCCCAGUUGCACCCCGGGGUAGCGCCGAACCCAGCGAGCAAGACAUACAACGCGGAUAUUGAGGGCGGGCCCGAACUGCACGCGCUGAUGCGUGCUGUCGAGCUUGUUGCUCGCUGGCGCCGAGAACACGAUCGUCUCGACGGCGCGCCUGCAUCAACGCCUACUGCAUAUCCAUCGAAGCCAGAACUAGAACAGCCAGAGCUGAGCGCCUUGGAAUCAUACUUCUUAUACCGCCACCGUCCUGGUAUAUCCACCAACAUCUCAAACCCACCUCAGUCUCCGUCCUCCCCAUUGAAGAGGAAGCACGACGACGCUAAUCCUGAGUCCGCCUUGACGAUCGACCCCUCUGCAGACCCUUCUCAAAUCCAGCUCCACCACCCACCUCCCCCCGCUCCUCCCCCAUCUACCGUGUUACUUGCGGAUUCUUCUACCCCGACUACCACUCCCGCAGCCUCGCGCAUUCGCACCCGCUCGCAGGGCGGCUACCUUUGCACAGACCUGGACGUCUACCUUUCCCAUGAGCCUUGUCUGUGCUGCUCUAUGGGCAUGCUUCUCUCCCGGUUCCGGUCUGUUAUCUUCCCCAGACGUGGAAGGUUAGGGACUGGUGGCCUGUCUUCCGAGCCGGUUGUUGGCCCUGUGGCCGAUGAGCUUGAACAAGCUGGAGAGGCCGAUGCUUCUGCGGUGGAUAGACAGGACGAAAGAGGGUACUAUGGGCUUCAUUGGAGGAAGGAGUUGAACUGGAGGGCUCUUGGAUUUGAGUUUGUGGAGGAUGGAAAUGGGGAUGUGGAGAGUGAGGCUGAAGUGCCUGUCUUCCAUGCUUGA